AUGCUCGCCCCUCCUUUGGCGUCCACCGUCAGCAGUGUCAUGGCGCUGGGUUUUACGGCUAGAGAAACGAUACCCAUCGUCUUCUUCGGGUUCGCCAUCUGCAGUGUGGUCAUAACGCUCACUGGGAAGAUGGGCGCCACGUACGCCGUAUCAUUCCCCGUUGUCAUCCGAAGUGUCUUCGGCAUGUAUGGCUCGUUUCCAGCGAUCUGCAUUCGAGCCUUCGUUGCGAUGAUGUGGGCUGCUAUUCUCACAGUGCAGGCAAGCAACUUCCUGCAACGUUGCCUUGAGGCGAUUUGGCCAGGCUUUAUCACUUUUCCGAAUCAUUUGCCUGAGAGCGCUGGUAUAGACUCGGCUGGCUUGCUGUGCUUGUUCUUAUACUGGUUUCUCCAGACCGCGCUCGCCGUUAUGCCGAUCUCGAAGUUGCGCGUUCUCUUUUGGAUCAAGGGCAUCGUCGUGCCGCCAACGUUCUUCGCAUUGUUCCUUUGGGCCGUGAUUGUGACCAAGGGUGGUGGUCCGCUCAUUAAGGGAAAAGUGGAGCUUACCUCAACUUACAUGACCACCACCUACUCAGUCCUUACUGGACUCAAUGCCGUCGUUGGACUCUUCUCGUCCCUAGCCGUCAACAUGCCAGACUUCGGCAGGUUCUCCAAGAAUCAACUCGCGGGUUACCACCAGUUCCUCGCCUUACCCAUCAUUGGAACAUUAGGAGCGCUGACACCCAUCUUCGUCACCGAUGCUCAUUCCUAUAUAUGGGGCGACUUUGAGUGGUAUAUGCCAGACGUUAUCGCCAAAUUCGACUCCAGAGCUGCGAAAUUCUUUGUAUCUGCCAGCUUCCUCCUUGCCACCAUCGGAAACCAAAUUGCAGCAGAUACGUAUCCGUUCGCAAAUGAUGUUGCUGGUAUGCUACCAAAAUACAUCAACGUCUUCCGAGCUACCAUCAUCAUCUCCGUCUUUUGCAUUGUAUCCACUCCAUGGAAUAUCAUAAAGAAUGCGUCUGGCUUGCUCUCGUUCCUGAGUGGCUACUCAUGUCUCAUGGGUCCUCUCGCAGGUACCAUGGUCAGCGACUAUUACCUCGUGAAGAAGGGCAAGCUCGAUGUGGAUCAGCUAUAUACCGACCGUGGCAUUUAUUGGUACAACCGCGGUUGGAACUGGAGAGCAUAUGUGUCAUUCGUUAUGGGAUUUGCUCCCCUUCUCCCUGGCUUUGCGAAGAGUAUCGACAAUACUCUAGAUAUCGGUGGCGCAUGGAAAGUAUACACAUUCGCGUGGAUCUUUGGGUUCUGCCUUUCGCUAGUAACGCACUACAUCAUCUGCAUGUAUAUUUCGCCAGCAACAGGGUCGUUGGUAGAAAGUGCGGUGUAUCCGCCGCAAAAGGAGGCGAUUGCGCCAAUCCUGGAAGGUGAAGAACCGUUGAAUGAGGAGACACUUGUGUCCAAGGAGAAGGGAGUAGCUGACAUGGCUUAA